AUGCAUUUACAAACAAUUUCAUCUCAUUAUAUAAAUGAACUUCGUAAUAAACUAAAACAAUAUCCAAAUGUUCCAAUCGAAGCUGAACUUGAUAUUCUUAAACCAAUGGUACCAUUACAUAUAUGGAAACAAACUACUAUAACAAAAGAUGAUUAUGCUGUACGUAUUGCUCGUUUACUA